AUGUCAUACAACUUCUUAAACAAAGUAGCGCUAGUAACUGGCGGAUUAUCCGGAAUCGGCUUAUCCACAACAAUCAAAUUGUUACGUCAAGGAGCAAAAGUAAUCAUUGGAGAUUUAGCACAUGAACAAGAGAUAGAUUCAGUUUUGAACCAGAUCAAUAAAUUGGCUCCUGAGUCAAAAUUUCAUCAUAAUUUACGAUUUCUUCGAACCGAUAUCGGUGUAUGGCAAGAUAAUAUCAAUCUUGUUGAUUUUGCACUAGAUGAAUACAAGACAAUUGAUUAUGUCGUUGCCAAUGCGGCAACGAUGAGAAAUACAACUUCGGCUGAAGAUAAACCAACGAUUGAUGAUUUUAAUGAGGUGGUUAAUGUCAAUCUUGGUGGGACGUAUGCAUUGAAUAGAUUGUGUAUCAAUUACUGGGAAGAGUUUAAUCUUCGUGGAAGUAUUGUUAAUGUAGGUUCAAUAUUUGGCCGUAAAGUGAUUGAUCCAAGGUUGAUUGGUUUGAGUUGUUCAAAAAGUGGUAUUCAUACACUUACAAGAUCCAUGGCUAUGAAGUAUGCUUCGUCAGAUAUUAGAAUUAAUGAAGUACGUCCUGGGUUUAUCAAGACUCCAAUGUUAAAAGCUAUUUUGGGACUUGAUGAAUUAAAGAAAGUUAUAGCUCGUAUUCCAAUGAAGAAAGUCGGUGAUGGAGAUGAUGUAGCUAAUGUCAUUUGUUUCUUGUUGAGUGAUGAAGCUAAUUACAUUACUGGUGCUUCAAUAGCUGUUGACGGUGGGUAUUCAUGUACGUAA